AUGGGUAUAGGACUCAGCUGUCUCGGUUUUGGGGCGGCCUCUUGGAUAACUUCAACUAUUGUUUCAUGUUUCUCCGCCGCUGCUUGCACACUCGCGUGCAAGUCUUGUAAUUGUAACAAUUCCAUUGCGACUAGAGUUGGGUUUGCGAUUAUAUUUUUACUGAACUCUAUGUUAGCAUGGUUCAUGCUGUCAGAUUGGGCGAUAAAACAGUUGGAGAAGAUGACAUAUGACUAUCUACAUCUGAAUUGUCCGGAAGGAACUUGUUAUGGAGUGCUUGCGGUACAUCGAAUAUGUUUUGCCUUGUCAUUAUUUCAUUUUAUACUUGGUUUAUCAGUUAUCGGGGUUCACAAUACGAGAGAUAAACGAGCUUCCAUCCAGAAUGGCUGGUGGGGUCCCAAGAUUCUCCUUUGGAUAACAUUUGUAGUAGUGUGCUUUUUUAUCCCAAACGAAUUUUUCAUGUUCUGGGGAAACUAUAUGGCCAUAAUCGGGGCCACACUAUUUAUCCUCUUUGGCUUGGUCCUCCUGGUCGACUGCGCGUACACAUGGAACGAGAGAUGCUUGGAGAGAUGGGCCGACUCUGAUGACAACAAAUGGAAAUACAUUUUGAUUGGAUCCACUCUCACUCUCUACAUUGGAGCUCUCAUUUUAACCAUUCUCAUGUACAAAUACUUUGCCGGUUCUCAAUGUCACAUGAAUCAAUUCUUCAUCACAUUCAAUUUAAUCCUCUGCUGUCUAGUCACCUUUUUGUCUAUCCACCCCACCGUGCAAGAGCAAAACUCGCAAUCCGGACUAUCACAAUCUUCGAUGGUGGUGAUUUACUCGACUUAUCUCAUCGUCAGUGCCGUGGUCAACGAACCGGACGAUAAUCUUUGUAACCCGUUAAUACGCUCUCGUGGCACUCAGACAGCCACAAUGAUUACGGGUGCUCUAUUCACAUUCCUUGCAAUUGCAUACUCAACGUCCCGCGCAGCAACACAAGGCAAGGCAUUAAUUACUAAAUCAGAUUACCAUCCUUUGAAUACCGCCACUGCUGUUCCACUUGUUACUAACAUCCCCAACGGAUCCUCACCCUCCUCGGGGCGUUCCGACGCCCUGUUGGCUGCCGUUGAGAGUGGAGCGAUACCGCAUUCGGCUCUGGAUGAUGACGAUGACGAUGACGAUUCUUAUGAUAACAGAGAUGAUGAGAGGAAUGGAGUAGCGUACAGCUAUGCAUUCUUUCAUGUUGUUUUCGCUAUCGCAGCUAUGUACGUUGCGAUGUUAUUGACCAACUGGAACACAAUCAGCACCUCGAAUUCUGACGAACUGGUAAUCAUAGGGCAAAGCUAUACUGCCGUGUGGGUCAAGACAGUUUCUAGUUGGGUUUGCCUGCUGAUAUAUGCAUGGACGCUUGUGGCUCCAGUGAUCUUUCCUGAGCGGUUCUUGGAAUAUCAAUAA